CCACCGUUCGUCAGCACGAUGCCCCCCGCCGACUUCAGCUGGCAGAUCACCCUCGCCGGCAAAGUCAUCGCCAUCACCGGCGCCAACCGCGGCAUCGGGCUGGGUAUCGCGGAGGUCUGCCUCGCCAACGCCGCCCAGCACGUCUACUCGCUGGACCGGAUGGAACCCGGCGAAGAGACGCGGGCGCUGCAGCAGCGCUACCCGAACUUCCACUGCUUAGAGGCGGACGUGACCUCCGAGACGAGCGUGGCGACGGCGCUCGAUCGCAUCGUCGCGGCGACGGGCCGCCUCGACGGGCUCGUCGCCAACGCGGGCAUGACGCAGCACCAGCCGGCGUUGCAGUUCGACCGGGACGAGGUGGAGCGGCUGUUCGGCUUGAACGUCUACGGAUCUUACUUCUGCGCCCAGAUCGCGGCCCGCAAGUUCCUCGCGCUGGGCAUCAAGGGCUCCAUCGUCAUGACGGCCAGUAUGACCUCUUACCGACCGAAUCGCGUACGCUACGAUCUGCCCUAGACAUGUCCGCAUCCGUCGCGCUAAUUGAAGAUGUGUAGGCUGCCCCGUCCGCGCCCUACGGCGCUA